CAUCAUCACACUACUGCAUGCCAUCACUCCUGUCCACGCCUCGCAUUGCCGCUUCACCGUGUGGCCACCAUCCUGCUUCGUGUGCUAUUGCUGGCAGCGCCUCUAUUGACUUAUAAUAUGUUCGAUGACAUCGUGCAUCUGGAUGAUAGGAUGGUAGCGGAGGGCAAGGACGCGGGCCGAGAGGACGGGAGGGCUCGGGGCUUCAAGGAAGGAGAGGGCAUGGGAAGGGGCAAGGGCUUUCAGACGGCAGCGGAGAUGAGCUUCUGCAGAGGGUGCUGCUUGGCGUGGCUGUCGAUGCAUGCUCAAGAUCCAGACAAGUUUCCUUUCAGCGAAAAGGCGCUGGCCUCGAUGAGGGCCGUCGUCACACUGGCAGAGAGUGUCCCGCGCGUUAACACGCAAGAAGCUACGGCGGCGCAGACGGCUCAACGGGUUCGAGCGAGAUUUCGAGCUGUGACUUCUAUGGUAGGCCUGUCGGUGGUGUUCGACUCCAAGGGACAGGCGGAGGCCAAGGACUUCUCCUUUUGAGUUGAGUGAUCAACCUGCAGCCGUCCGCCGUCAAGGUUGGGAUGGUGCCCAUUGGGCUGGAGGACACGGGACAAUGCCCAUGGUGUACCCGCUAGUGCUCCUACAGCUGGAGUUGGGCGUGAGGCGGGAGGACAUGCUUGUGACGCAGCGGGGGCUGGCUCACAACGCCAUGGUAUCCGUGGCCAUCACGUGGAGGACGCAACGGCUUUGUCUACGGGGACAGUCAUUAAGCAUGGCAGGAGCCAAGACCGUCGCAACUCGAGGUUGAACUCCGGAAUACUCAGCAAAGUCUCCUUCUUUCCUGAUGGACGCUUUCCUGGAAAUGCCUGAAGAGGACGCGUAAUAGUCCUGUUGCUCUCGUUGCUGACCCGACAUAUCUGGAUCGGGUCAUCCACGACAGGUAGAUGCCCGACGUGGUGGCAUUGGAACCAUCGUGUUGAGGAGCACGAGUUUGCCCAGCUUCGGCGCCUUCGCGAUGAACAGAAAUCGAGCGGCACCACACUUCCAAGCGGGCGGUGAUACUGCAAGCCAUAACGGUAGAGCAACACCCACCUACGCGCGCUCAAGCCGAGAGAGAGGGGGGGGAACAGUUUAAUGAUUGAUUCAACGAAGCACGGACAGGUUUAUUCGCGAACCCGCCCUCUUGCGUUGUUGUAGAUUCGCCCUAAAGCGGGGGCACGUGUGGAAACAUCUUCGCUCGGGUUCUUUCUUGCAAAAUUUCGUGGGUGGUACGUUGUACUUGUACUAUUUGGCUUUACCAUGGAGCCCUUAGCUUUCACGGAAUUGACCACAUGUCAUGAGAAAUCUAUUGGGCUCCUUGUUGCAUAUUCCCGGGUUCUGCACUGCGUCUAUUUGUCGCAUCCUUGUGCUAUUUGUCUAGCGGGACAACUUGGAGCCUUCUAAAUCAGCCGACCACCCCCGGUGAUGAGUUCUUCAACUGUGGACAGACGCCGGUUAUCGGGGGUUCUUGUGUUUUUCGGGCUUUGGGCGGAGGUUGUUCCCAGCUCACCUGAGCUCUGUUUGGAAGUGAGGCGCAACGUAUGGUUGUCCUGUAGAUGACGUAUCACGGGGAGAAGUAGUUCCUCGUCAUGCGGAUGGAUGUGGUUCAUCAGGAUAUGAAUGACGCUUAGUAGGUGCGUCGUUUGCAAAUAUACACUGCUCCUGGCCAGUCCCAAAGUUCAGUUGUGCAAGGCAGCGGUGCAGGACUCGAGACAUUCCCAACUUGGGACAUGGGCAAGUAGUUUGCUUCUACAGUACUGCGGCUAUUUGGUCAUGUUUGAGUGCGUGCAAGUUGAAGAACGAUCAUUUGUGGCGGUCUCCGUGGUGUAGAAUGUUCGCAAGGGGAAGCAGCAGCAGCAACAGCAGCGGCAGCAAUAGUACGAUGAGGUCGGUGUGGCUGUCCCUAUUGUUUCCACCUACAAAAGUAUCCUGUGAAGUUGGUAUCUUCACAGUAAGCGAGAAAGUUUCUAGCACUGUGAUGGGCAGACCGUUCUUCCUGUUGUUGGGCUGUAAUGUCGGUGACCAGCGCUGUGGCGAACGCAGCUCAUCGGUAUGAAUUGGUAGUCCUGACGACGAGGGUUUCGGAAUGGGGCAGUUGAAAGAAGGGGCCGCCGAACACAGGAGCGUGGCCCUCUAAAAAUCAUUAUUUGGCAGAUGUUUGUGGUUGAAUGGGAGGCGUCAACACAGCACCUCGACGUAGGAACAUUGUUUCAUAUGCGGCACCUUUCGUUGUCUCUCGUACCUCUUGCACCGACUGACUGACCGAAGGGACAAACUCUUCCGUGGCCAUGUUUCAUGCACUUUGCGCAAUGCUCUACGCAUGUAUGCAACCUCUCGAACCAUACGGCAACAACGAGGCAAGAUGUCAAUGUACGCCAUCGUCCCGUUUGCAUCGUCAAAACGUCAAACAAUCCGUGAUGAGCAUACUUGCGGGCGAAGGCCCACAAAGAAAAUGUCGCGAGUACUGCCGUUUGAGCUCUGUACCCGUCAGUACUACCAUAUACUUUAUGUACACGGAGGAGCUAUUGUAGUGGGCAGCGAGCAGUGACGGAUGAAUACUGUCAAGCAAACGUCCUACAAGCGUAGAUCCUAGAUGAGAUACCACCUUCACACACAGCAAGGAUACAGGCUCAGAGUUAUAUUUAUUUCGCGCGAAGCGCGAAAAAAAUACGAAGAGGCGUAUUCGAAUGACGCGUCCUUUCAUUGUCUUAAAGUUUGACAGAAGGAAUCCAUGUGUGGUUAUUCAGUGCCCAAGGUUGCGGGUUCAAUCCCCGUCAGCGCCAAACUUUGUUUGCACCUUCCUUUUUUUCCCGAUUUUUCUUCACGAUGGGAGGGCCAUCACCACCUAUUGGCGGCAAAUUAUCGAGUAAACCACCGUUUACGCGAAGGAAACUGUAGUUUGUUGCUGUACACGCCUGCAAAAUUGCAGUCUGCGCGAAACAUGGCAGCGUUUCUCUGUCUCGCGUGUGCAGCUUCAGAACAACAACAUGUGUUAUUUUCUACAGGAGUAGAGUAUUCUUCGUACUCGCCAUCAGAACGUGACGUCUUCUUGAAACUAUUAGUCAUAAACUCUCGCCCCCUUGUCGUGUCGUGCUUCGAACCAAAGAUACAGAGAAAAAAAACGGUAUCAACAUGAUAAUACAUAUGACUCGCCGAAACCAUGACGCGUAACCGCUACUGCUGUGUCGCACGCUUCAGGUGCAAGCUACUACCACAGAAUAAUCGGUUCCUCCCUGCAUCAUAUUGCUGGGCGGUUUUAUACAACAAGAACACCUCAUCCCUACCCAUGGUCUCAGUCCCAGGAUACAGAUCACAUUUGGGGGUACGCGAAGUGAAGCAUUUUGAAUCAACGGGGGUGUUCCAAGCGUGAUACUACGGUCCUCCCUCGGAACGCUCUUGACAGUCCCAGGCUCUUUCUUGAGCUGCCAGGCAGGUCCAAACCUGCUACAUACCCCUGCCACCACUGCUUUUAUCCACUCUUGCUCUUUCUCUCUGCAUCCGCACUCUUGCGGCAGUGGUUUACACAAGGCGAGCAGUUUCGAAAGCACGAAAUGGCGGGGAGGGUGCCGCUGGCAAGCAGAGAUCAUGCGCUCAACGUUUAUCGGCAGCUGCUUUCGCUGUCGAAACGCUUGCCCUCGGGACAGCAGCGUGAUGACGCCGUGCAGAGCGUCAGAGAGAGCUUCCGAGCCAAUGCUGGGGUCACAGAUCCUUCCAAGGCGAGCGCAUGAGCUCUUGCGUCAGGCCGAGUCAAGACUGGGAUUCCUUAGGAUGGCAACGCCCAGAAGCAAGGUCGGCAGCAAAGGAUCCACGCGUGCCGUGUACCGGGACGGAAAGGUCAUGGAGGGGGAGGAGGCUAGAAAGCUCGACAAGGCCAAGCACAGUAACUGGGACGGGCGGAACAUGGACCCCGACAGCGUGCGGUAUCACAAGAAAACCUUGGCCAGGGCGGGCUUCGCGAAUCAUCGACAAGUGAUCGGGCCUCACGGAUUCUGAGAAGGAUUAAGAAGAGACAGAAAGGUAGUUCUUGGUCCAUCUGCGCCGGUGUGCUUGCAGAGGCGUAUGCAUACUUCCGCUGCAUUCCGGUUCUUGUGCCUCUACGCUUCCACUGCCGCUUGUGUACUUGUUUGCUUUGUCUCCUUUGUUUGCGAGGUCCUUUGCACACAAGGCGGAAACGGCUCGUUGCUUGCAAGCCGAGGUAUGCUACCAACAUCGUCGUAACUGCACGACGUAUCGCGCGUUCGGCGUCGGAUGCCAUGCAGAGGCUCACUCAUUGGCGGUCGCGGCCUGCGUACAAGAUUAAAUCCCUCCAAAGCUCAA